AUGCCGGAGGUGGUCGAGAACCAGCGCUGGUAUCCGUUUGUGGGCUGGACCGCGCGGCUGCAUGCAGAAGAUCCGCCUGCCUGGUGCACUGCACAACAGGAGGCGUGUGGUAGUAAAGAUGAGCAGAAGGGCUAUGCGUGGCAGGUGUACAAGGGCCAAGACUACGACGAAGAAGGGUGGCUGUAUGGAGAGAACUUCCAGGCCACGCUUGGCCCGAUGACGCGUUCCAGCGUUGUCCGGACGCGGGUGUGGAUGGGUCGGAAGAUCGAUCAGCAGGAAGAAAGUGCGGAUGCGACCGAAGCAGCGGCGUGUGGGGCUGCAGAACGUUUCGAGACGAGCGAGAGCAACUCCACGGGCUUGACGGCUGUUUCGCGUAACGGUGAGGACAAAGAGGAGGACAGAGGGGACGAUGAGAAACAGGAAGAUGCGACGAUAGACGGAGUGACAGUGAGUGAGCAGAGCAAAGAUGACGACCUUCGCAAAGAAAUCGCAUUGGAUGCGUCAACGGACGAGAAGGCGCAGACCGAGUCUCCUGGAACAUCAAGCUCGUGGAGCUUUUUCGACAGGAUCUCGUCCGCCGCAUUAUCGUUGCCGUCGUCGGCAAUGAACUUGGCGGGUUCAUCGUCAAAGCAAGCAGUCUAUGGAACGGUGCAGUCGAUCAAGGAAGCGUCUCUGUGUGGGUUUGAGAUGGCGCAGGCAGCUACUGUGGCCGCGAUGUCUUCAGAGCCUCUUAUUCUUCCACAGGACAACACAAAACGAAGGCACGAUGACGCGGUGCUCGACGGGGAAAGCAAUGUGGAGGUGUUGUCCAUGUUAUCGAAGCGGUUUCCAGAUCUGUCACCAUUUCACCGCUCACUCGUGACAUGCUGCAAAGAUGACAUUGUGAGCUCUGUCGCUCCUCCAGAGCUUACCGAGUCCAAGGUUUGCAAGGAAUGCAAUGUUGAGUUUGGUAUGACGAAGUUCCGUUACCAAUGUGGAUACUGCGCUGAAUCGUUCUGCCGGGACGAUCUGCCGGAAGUUGCCAUCAUCCGCGCGUAUGGACAUACAACGCCGUCGAAGCUAUGCCAAAACUGUCACUUUAUUCUGAUGGAAAAAGUGGAUCAGCAAUUGGUUCAAUGGCGCAUUGAGCGCGUGAAUGACUUCCUCGGCGACAAGCUCAUUUUGUACUAUAGCACAUCUUCUGACACAGCUGUUGACAAAAUCAUGCGUGCGGCUGAAGGCACACUCGUCGCCGCCAAGUCUGCUCCAAUCGGUGCAGCGGCUAAGAUGGCUGUUGUCAGUGCCGACUUUCUGCGCAAAUAUGGCAGAGCUGGUUUGCUUGGUUUCAUCUUGCGCAAUGAGUUCAUGCAGUCCUUUGCGACCUUGAAAGGGCUGCUUGGCGACUUGGAUGAUCUUGGAUUUCAAGACGCUGCUAUUGGAAUAUACUACUUCAUGGCAAUGAAUCGUGGCGAUCGUGGCGCCGAACCUGAACGAGAGAAGGUGAGCCAUAGUGGAUGUGAGCCAAUCUCGGACGCACUGCUGCAGAAGAUGCUCAAGUACGCUCCGCUCGCAUUGCACGGCAUUUACGAGCACAACGUCUUAGACAUACAGCGGAUCAGCAGGCUGCAAGGAUUCUCGUUGAUCUAUGUGCAUGUCCAAGACCAAGACGUCCGGCACCCUUCCUUUGCGUUGCUGGGGAACAAGGACAAUAAGACGGCGCUUCUUGUGAUUCGGGGCUCGAAAUCCGUCCAAGAUGCUUUGACGGAUAUCCAGGCUUUUCCCGAAGAGAUUGGUCUUUCGUCAGCAGGUGCGCCUCAAAGCGAAGCAAGCGGUGGUUUCGUGGAUGCUUUCGCACACAACGGCAUGCUGAAAGCUGUUAUGUGGAUCAAGGAACGAAUUGUCAAAUCGCUGCGUGUGUUGCACAACGAGGGCUACCACAUUGUAUUUACCGGUCACUCUCUGGGAGCUGGCUGCGCGGCACUGCUGUCGGUGAUCUUGCAGAAAGAGUUUGAAGAUCUCGAGUGUUUUGCAUACGCUGUUCCUGCUUGCGUGAAUUUGACGGUCGCGGAGUCCUGUGACAACUUCGUGCAUUCAAUCGUGCUCCGAGACGAUAUCGUGCCCCGUGCCAAGGCAUCCAACGUUUUGAAGCUUGUUGAUGAGCUCAAGAACUUCAAAGGAUGUUGGCGUGACACGGCACACGAAGAUUUGGAAGCGUUUAAGGAGCGAGCAAAGACAUUAUGGGCGCCAAGAAAUCGCGAAUGGGCUAAGGAAGCGGCGAAUCAGAGGAAGGGGAGACUGACGAUCCACGACAAAUCGGACGAGGGUACGAAGGAGAAUCGAUCACGCAAAGAAGCCGCCUCGGAUGACACUGUAGCAAAAGCAGGUGGUACAGAGGAAGGCGUGUCGUCCUGGACACUCACGCGAACGAAUUUGAUUGACCAGCUCGACAAGGCCGGUGGACAGAAAAGCGAAAAUGAAGCGAUUGAACCAUCCGCAAAAGAGCGCCAAGAGGAAGAAAAAGUGAUUGCAGACUUAGCAACGGCUUUGGUCGAGGACCCCAAGGAGCUUUACAUCCCUGGCAAAGUGACGCACAUUUACUUCUACAAAGGGGUUUUCGAAGCUGUACACGUUGACCGAAAGUGCGGAGAACUGUCGCACAUUCCAGUGCAGCAGAACAUGCUGAGUGACCACCUGGGCCGUAAUUAUUUAAGCGCGUUGCGUAUCGUCCGUGACGCACGACGCGCCAAGCCUGAACUACCCCAGUGGGUACCGUUUAGCACAAAAACGCGCUGCAUGUGCUGUGAUUCGCCAUUCACGUGGAACUCAACCUCUUCCAGCGAGGCGCAGCAAAAUCGUGACCAGCAUAAUUGCCGCCGUUGUGGGGCUCUCGUGUGCGAAGGCUGUUCAGAAAAGUUCAAGUCGAUUCCGGAGUUUGGCAUCAAUGUGCCGGUUCGCGUUUGCGAUCGCUGCUAUUACGAAGCUUAG